ACCGCGAGGGCCGCGCGGUCGGAAACACCCGAAAAUGGCCCGUGAACCACGCUUUCCGAGCGUGAUAGCCUGGUGCCUGCUGAUCGCGAUUGCGCACCUGUGCUCGUGCACGCGCUACGCCGGUUACACCGAGUAUCUUCUCGAGGACGAGAAGAUUUGUCAUAUCAUGAAUAAGCAGUAUACGCAUCAUUUGCGUAAUGGCACCGCGGCGAUCGUCACGUCGCACCACAUGUUCGAUCGGUGGUGGAACGUCAACAUGGACCGUAAAUGCCAGUACAACAUCAAGACGAGCAAUGGCGAGGGCCUCUUCGUGGUCGUCCACAAGAUGUUCUUUCGUCGUAACGGCACGCAGUGCCUGGAUUACGUGCGGUUCCAGAGAAGCGAUGGUCACUACACGAGCAAGAUCUGCGGGGAGAUAGAUCGCAGCCAGGCGAAAUAUCUUCCCCAGAAUAAUUUACCAAGUGUGGCUGCGAACGCGAUCCCAUUGUUUUCGAAUUAUAAUCAUACUGUUUACGAUAUGUUUGCGGAGUACGAUGUCAGUUCGAAGCAGGGGGUGAACCUGAAAACCGAGAUAUUCAUCUCCAAGGAGAAAGUGCUAGAUGGUCAGACUCUGGAUCUUAGCAUAAUCUACACUCCGUAUAAAGAUUGCAACAAGGUGGACAUCACGAAAUACGCAUCGGUCGGGCGCAACACCUGCAUCCACCUGGACUACUUCUGCGACAAGAUUCACAACUGUCCGUUCGGCAUAUGCUCGGACGAGGAGGACUGCAUGUACACGAUCAGCGAUCGGUUCCCCAAGGACGACACGGCUACGAAAGUCACCGUGGGCGCGGUCACCACCAUGAUCCUGUGCUUCAUCAUCUUCGUCAUGUGCCUGUGGAUCUGCAAAAAGUCGCACAAGCUGUGCUGGUCGUCGGACUGCGCCGGUCCGAACGUGUGCUCGCGGCCGGGCUCGCUGCCGCAGGACGCGGACGGCGGCGCGGGAUCGAAUCGCGCGGUGCCCACGGCCCCCAUGCUGGAGGUUGCGGUGUCCUCCCCCGUGGCGGACAAAGACCUGCCCCCCAGUUACGACUCGUUGUUCCCCGAACAGAGUAAUCCUGCCAGAUCGUAAGUCGGUGGUGGAACGAUUAUUAUUAUUAUUAAAUUCGAUUAGGAUCGGGCGCAUCGGAGCAUGCCAUCUAAUGUUUUAAUUAGACGCCUGUGCGCACUCGGUGGCGUAACCAAGACCACCCUCUUCCCACAAUUCGCCUGCUCCGCGUAAAACACGAGCAGGAUCUUGUUGUUAACAAGGCCUUGAUAGAACGAUAAAUGCUGCGUAAUCUCGGCCAAUCGGCCGACGCGAUCCCUCGCGAGGCGAGGUGCUGCUUCCCCUCCAUUUAUUCGCAUCUAGUUACGUCGCAUCAUCGUGAGAUGUAACACGUUUCUCAAUUGUUUUUUUGUAUAUUACUAUUAUAGUGAGACGACAUGAAAUGCAGCAUAUAUUGUUAACUCCGUUAAGUUUCUCCUUUCUCUUUUUCUUUCUUCCGUGUAGCUUUAAGUUUGAAUUUCGACGUUUUGUAUUAUUUUCUAAUAAACGUUGUAAGAGUAAUUAAUUUGCACUGCGCGACAAAUUUUUUUCUUUUGUUUUUCGCACC